UUGCUUCAGAACUUCUUCUGUGGAAAGCAAUUGAACUUAUCCAUCAAUCCAGACGAAGCAGUUGCGUAUGGCGCUGCCGUUCAAGCCGCAAUCCUCAGUGGAGAUACUGACUCCAAGAUUCAAGACGUAUUGCUGGUGGACGUGGCUCCAUUAUCUCUGGGUAUCGAGACGGCCGGAGGCGUGAUGACGAAAAUCAUCGAAAGAAACUGCAAGAUUCCUUGCAAACAGUCGAAGACCUUCACCACAUAUUCAGACAACCAGCCAGCAGUUACUAUCCAAGUGUAUGAAGGCGAGCGUGCGAUGACCAAGGACAACAACCUGCUGGGCACGUUCGACUUGACAGGCAUCCCGCCAGCGCCGCGCGGCGUCCCCAAGAUCGACGUCACCUUCGACAUGGACGCUAACGGUAUCCUGAACGUGUCGGCCAAAGAAAACAGCACGGGUCGCAGCAAGAACAUCGUGAUCAAGAAUGACAAGGGACGCUUGUCGCAGGCCGAAAUCGACCGCAUGUUGUCCGAAGCCGAGCGCUACAAAGAAGAGGACGAGAAGCAGCGGCAGAGGGUCGCCGCCCGCAACCAGUUGGAGACGUACGUGUUCAGCGUGAAGCAGGCGCUAGACGACGCGGGAGACAAGCUGAGCGAGUCUGACAAGAGCACGGCGCGCCGGGAGUGCGACGAUGCACUGAAGUGGCUGGACAACAACACCCUCGCAGACCAGGAGGAGUACGAACAUAGGCUGAAGGAGCUGCAGCGAGUGUGCUCGCCCGUCAUGAGCAAGAUGCACGGUGCGAGUGGUGGCAUGCCAGGUGGUAUGCCUGGAGGUAUGCCAGGAGGUAUGCCUGGCGGCCAGCGCGAUGGUCCCACAGUAGAGGAAGUGGAUUAA